AUGUCCUACCAACCGAAUCACCAGAGGCCCCAGCUGGGGGCCACCUUUGUUCCUGGUGGCAUAGACGACUAUUAUAUGCCUGUUGGAUCUCCUGAGCUCGUCUCUCCUGCUCCUCAACGAAUCAUGCCAGAGGUGCCUGAGCAGAUGCAAUACAACAUUGCGCGCCUUGAGCUCGACGCCAACCAGUCUCCGCGUCAGACCAACCCUCCUCCCGUAAAUUUCUCUCACCCCAAUCAAUACCACCAAGGUCAGAGCCCAUAUCAUGACCAACAAUCUCCUCCGCCGAGCACAACAUAUCCUCCACGGCAAGCGAGUCUUCAAACUACACGUACCUCUCCCAUGCAAGCUCCUUCACAGCUCAGUCAUGACUAUCGCAACAUGGCAGACAUACCAGACAUACCAAACUUCUCUGCCUUUCCACGUCUCGAGAACAGGCCUCCGCAGGUGCCACCUUCAGAUGAAGAGAAAGAAUCGAUCCUGGACUCUGCGAGACUGCAUGUGCUGAACUCGAAUGACCCCGAAAUGCAGUUGGCAUGGGCUCAAGAUGCUUUGGCCUAUGUGGAAGCCGCUAUGGUACAUGAGGAGAGAGUGUCUGCAACUCAACCUGCGAGACCGGUGACACCAGCUGUGGAACACCAACUUCGCGUGGAUGCUAUGAGCAUUGUAAAUUUUCUUGCGGAUCAGCACCAUCCCAAAGCAUCAUUUCUGAGGGGUGUGUGGUUGGAAUUUGGAAAGUUUGGGCUGAGGGUGGACAAAAGAGAGGCAUUUCGAAGCUAUUCUCGCGCAGCCGACAAGGGCUACUGGAGAGCAGAGUAUCGGAUUGGUACACAAUUCGAACAGUCAAACGACGCCGUCAAAGCUCUCCAGCAUUAUAAGCGGGGCUCAGAAAUGGGAGAUUCAGCGUCCAACUACCGACUUGGCAUGAUGACUCUUCUAGGCCAGCACAGUCAACCACAGGAUUUCGCGAGAGGUCUUCAGCUGAUCAGACAAGCUGCUGCCGAUGCUGAUGAGAAUGCUCCUCAAGGUGCAUAUGUGCUCGGCAUGCUUCUGGCUCGAGAGCUGCCUCAGAUCCAGAUACCAGAGGUCAUCCUACCUUACAACGAGAAGGAGGCGCGGAUCAACAUUGAGAGAGCAGCCUUCCUCGGGUUCUCAAAAGCCCAGCUGAAGAUGGGAUCAGCAUAUGAGCUUUGUACUUUAGGCUGCGAAUUCAGCCCUAAACUGUCGCUUCACUACAACGCACUCGCGGCCCGCCAGGGUGAGCUAGAAGGCGACAUGGCCAUUAGCAAAUGGUUCCUCUGCGGAUAUGAAGGCAUGUUCCCGAAGAACGAGGAGCUAGCCUAUGUGCACGCUCAGCGAGCUGCCCAGGGCGGCUUAGCUACGGCUGAAUUUGCGAUGGGCUACUUUAAUGAGAUCGGCAUGCAUGUACCAGUCAACAUUGACAAAGCCCUCGAGUGGUAUGAAAAGGCCGCCAACAGUGGAAACAAAGAUGCAGAGGGUCGGAUCGAGGGCAUCUCGAAGUCUCGGACACUGUCGAAGAAGGAUCACGAGGAUGUCGCUAUCAACAUGAUAAAAUCCCAAUACGGAUCAAAGAGAGGUCAGCGGCCGGAUCGUUUCAAGCAGAAAGAAUCUACGUUACCCCCUGUGGGCGAAAAUACCCCCACCGACUACAGUAAUAACCAAAAACGAUUUCCAGAACGAGGAUCUUCCACAACCCCGUAUCCCAUGACUGACAGACCUCCUGUGGUGGCACCAUUCGACCGUCCCGCUACAACCGCUCCGUAUCCACUUGCUGAUCUGCCUUCAGCAGGUGGUGACCGUCCAGGUCCAGGUCUGGGAGGCCACCUUAAUCCUGACUUCCGCUCGCAAUCUGCAGCACCUGCUCCAGUCAAAAGACCAGGUUCGGCAUUCCAGGUCAACCCAAAUAUAUACCAGCAGAGUGGCCCACCACCGGCUGGGGGCCGCCAACAAAUACCAAUGCGGCCGAAUACGGCAAUGGACUAUGGCGGGGGACGAGGAGGUCGGCCUCCAAACGAUCGUAUGUCUAAUGGUCCUCAGUUUGGUGGUUACGGGGGACCAGGCCCUCGACCAGGCGGGGGGCCUCCGGGUAGGGGUGGACCAGGACCAGGACCAGGGCCAAAUCAAGGGCCGCCAAAGUCUGACCUACCGCCUCUAGACAUUGGCUAUCAGGCGCCGCUUGAGAGCAAACAACAGCAGCGCCCUAACGGCAACGGCUUUCAAAGACCUGGCGACCGUCCUCCAUCUGCGCGUCCUGGCCCAGCGCCUAAUCGAUCUGAUACUGGGCAUAUGUCCCCUCAUACUUCAUCGGGUGCGCCACCACCGCGGAAAGAUUCUGUUAAACCACCUGGAGCACAAACAAGGCCUCAGCCGGGUAGACAACAGAAUGGACCGCAGACGCCGAUCAGUGGAAAGCCUUCACCAGGCGGGAAUCCACCGACACAAGCACCUCCGAGCAAGCCUGCUGCUCCAUCUGGUGGUGGUGGUGGUGGUGCUGGCUCUGGUAAGGGACCGAAGACAUUCGAUGAAAUGGGUGUUCCAAAGACGAAGGAGCAGGGUGAUUGCAUAUUAAUGUGA